GCCUGAGCUAGUCGCGGUUGCCGCGCGGCCGCGCUCUGGUGCCUUUUUACCGCAGACCCCUCGGGCCGGGUUCUCCCGCCCGUCCCCGCGCAGCACAAGACGCAGGUUCCGUCCCGCGUGGUGCAGUCCCGGCCGGAGCGGCGAUGCGCCUCAUCCAGAACAUGUGCACGAUCGCCGAGUACCCCGCCCCGGGCAGCGCCGCCGCCGCCGACUGCUGCCUCGGGGCGGCGGGCCGCCGCCUGGUCAAGAUCGCUGUGGUGGGGGCCAGUGGCGUGGGCAAGACCGCUCUGGUGGUCCGGUUCCUCACCAAACGAUUCAUCGGUGACUAUGAAAGAAACGCAGGUAAUCUCUAUACCAGACAAGUGCAAAUAGAAGGUGAAACCCUGGCUCUUCAGGUUCAAGACACUCCAGGUAUUCAGGUGCACGAGAAUGGCCUGAGCUGUGGCGAACAGCUGAAUAGGUGCAUUCGCUGGGCCGAUGCCGUGGUGAUCGUGUUCUCUGUCACCGACUACAAGAGCUAUGAACUCAUUGGCCAGCUCCACCAGCACGUCCAGCAGCUGCACCUGGGCAGCCGGCUACCGGUGGUGGUCGUGGCCAACAAAGCCGACCUGCUGCACAUCAAGCAGGUGGACCCCCAGCUGGGACUGCAGCUGGCCAGCAUGCUGGGCUGCUCGUUCUACGAAGUGUCCGUCAGCGAGAACUACAACGAUGUCUAUAACGCCUUCCACGUCCUGUGCAAGGAAGUGAGUCACAAACAGCCCAGCAGCACGCCGGAGAAGCGCAGGACCUCCCUCAUCCCCCGGCCCAAGUCCCCCAACAUGCAGGACCUGAAGAGGAGGUUCAAGCAAGCCCUUUCGGCCAAAGUGAGGACUGUCACCUCCGUCUGAAGCAGAGACGUCCACGGGGCGGGGUGGGGGGGUUUGGUCUUCCCAGGAACGGGGCCCGAGGAUCUUCUAGUGCAGGAUCGUUGAAUGCUGGCAGGAGUUCCUGGUUCCAGAAAGGGCUGGAGCCGAGGGGCCAGGAGGGCCUGGGGAACUGCUGCAGAAAAGUCCGCGUUCUGAGCAGGGGGACAGAACUGCUGAGGCUGGGGAGGGAGCCUACUGAGCCGCUCUGGACACGCGACCUGGACUCGGUGUCUUUUCCUUUGCCGUGGAGAGGGCGGCAGAAUCACUUUGGAGUUUGCUCCUUACCUUGUAAAUGACCCUCAGCUGUAGUUUCAGCAACGGGCUGGGUGUGCUUGACAGCGGGAAUGAAGAACAGAUUAAGCACUGUCCCCUUUUUUCUCUUUCUUCCUUUUCCCUCUUCUCCCGCCAAGAGGAAGAACUGCUUUUUCUCUCACACGACUGAUUUGCAUCUCUGGAACACUAGUCCUGACAGAAUGCCUUUCUAACCUGAAGGAUACCCCAGAUUUCUUCUUUAAGGAGCAAGGAGGAAAUUACUCUCCCCCCAGCCCCCCAGUAAAGGGUGGAGUUUAUGGGCCAGAUGUGAUGUAGGUGGAUGGACAUCUGUAAGCUUAUAGUGCCUGCAGGAAGGCACUGCUUCCUCCUGACCCAGGACGGGUGUGCUUGGUCGAGUAUGUAUUGAAGGGUUGACAACUCAAAACUCUUCAGCCCUGGACUUUGAGUAAUUGUGAGACUGUAUCAUUUUUUUUUAACUCUUGCAUCAGGUACAGAAAAAAAAAAAAGAUGUGUUCAUUGACUUUGGUGUGAUUUGUGUAAGUGGCUCACAGCAAUGACGUCGGGUCGUUUCCUAGGCCUGGCCGAGUCGUGGCUUAAAUACGGAAACACGGUCUUAACGGCGAGCGAACAGAUAGAGGGGCCGCCGCCGAAUCCCCGACACAGAUGCACUUUAAAAAGCCACUCAUUCUUUGGCUUAAAUUGUAAUUUAUUUUACGUACAAUAAAUCUCAUUU